GGCAGCUCAUUCGCAGAAGCUGGGGACCCUCUACCUCUCUCCAGAUGGAAAGUCCCAGAAGGGGCUAAAUCCCAUGAGGCCAGCUGCCCUGGAGAGUUCCAGUUCCAUCAACCCAUCCUAAGGGCCAGAGGACAGGAGCUUCUGACAGAGCUUUCCUCUGCAAACCUCCUCAGUGACAUGACCUCACCGUAGACUCCAGAACUGAGGUCCCAGGAUGACAGAACCCGAGACCCUGGCCCUGCUGGAAGUGAAGGGGCCUGAGGCCCUGGAGAAGAGCCCAUCCCAGGCCUUGGUCCCCAAUGGCCAGCAGCCAGAAGGGGAAAGUGGAGCCAAAUCCCCCAGUGCUGAGUCCUCUAGAGUGGGAUCUUCAGUUGGGUCUCCCACGGUUGGCGAGGGGGCUGAGGAUGGUCUAGACAGCACAGUAAGUGAGGCUGCCACCUUGCCAUGGGGGGCUGGUCCCCAGCUCAGUGCCCCAUUCCCGGACCCCCCUGGCUGGCGGGACAUUGAGCCUGAGCCCCUGCAGUCAGCCCCACUCAGUAAGCUAGAGGAGUUGCCUGAAGAUGACGCCAACCUGCUGCCUGAAAAGGCAGUCCGGGCCUUCGUGCCCAUCGACCUACAAUGCAUUGAACGGCGGCCUCAGGAGGACCUCGCUGUGCGCUGUGAGGCGGGUGAGGGUGAGCGCCGCCGGACCUUCCUGCCUUCCCGGACCACCCAACCUGAACCCUCUGAGCGCAAGUGGGCGGAGGCUGUGGUAAGACCUCCAGGCCACUCCUGUAGCAGCUGCAGGAGCUGUGGGGGUCAUGAGGGGUUGAGGGCUGUGGCCUCUGUAGGAGCCGCCCUCAUCCUCUUCCCCUGCCUACUGUAUGGUGCAUACACCUUCCUGCCCUUCGAUGCCCCUCGCCUGCCCACCAUGAGUUCCCGCCUCAUCUACACGCUGCGCUGCGGGGUCUUCGCCACCUUCCCCAUCGUGCUGGGGAUCCUGGUGUAUGGGCUGAGCCUGUUGUGUUUUUCUGCCCUGCGACCUUUUGGGGAGCCACGGCGGGAGGUGGAGAUCCACCGGCAGUAUGUGUCCCAGUCGGUCCAGCUCUUCAUCCUCUACUUUUUCAACCUGGCUGUGCUUUCCACCUACCUGCCCCAAGAUACCCUCAAACUGCUCCCUCUGCUCACUGGUCUCUUCGCGGUCUCCCGGCUGAUAUACUGGCUGACCUUCGCCGUGGGCCGCUCCUUCCGAGGCUUCGGGUACGGCCUGACGUUCCUGCCCCUGCUGUCCAUGCUGGUGUGGAAUCUCUACUACAUGUUUGUGGUGGAGCCUGAGCGCAUGUUCACAGCCACCGAGAGCCGCCUGGACUACCCUGACUACGCCCGCUCCGACUACAGGCCCCGCCCCUGGGGCUGAGCAGCUGUCCUGUCCCCAGCCUGGGCACCUGGGCGGGAUGAACCCCACUGACCGGACAGGGUCCCAUCCGCUCAGAGUUUGGACUGCCCCCCAUCUCUCUUCCCCAGUCAGGGCUGCCCUUCAUCUUCUGGGCCUGGGGUAUUCCUGAGGGAGGGAGGUGGACCAGACGUUUUCUUGCAGGGAAAGAGGUGGAUAGCCAUGUUCCUCUUGGGUGCUGAGGGCGCUGGGCCAGG